AUGUCUCAGAAAUUAACGGUCGCCGUGGCCCAGGCCCGCACUCGUUCUGACCUACCCUCCACCCUCGCCGCAUUGAAGCGCAUCACAGCUCAAGCUGCGUCACGCGGGGUCCAACUCAUUCUAUUCCCUGAAGCAUAUCUGGGCGGAUAUCCCCGUACAUGUGACUUCGGCACCGCAGUGGGCGCACGCGGAGCUCAUGGCCGUGAACAAUUUCUACAAUAUUUCAAGUCGGCCGUGGAUCUAGGUGAUACUCCAAGUGGAGCCGGUGACGAUUGGGUAGAGCGGAAACUCCCCACAGCCCCGGGGAAGAAGUACCGUGGAGAUGGUACAAGAGAGUACCUUGAGCAGGUGGCUCAAGAGACUGGUGUCUUUAUUGCCACUGGGCUGAUUGAGAAGGCUGCCGGUACCUUGUACUGUUCGAUGGUCUUUGUGGAUCCCUCGCGAGGUAUACUUGGCAAGAGAAGAAAGGUCAUGCCAACUGCCUCUGAGCGUCUGAUUUGGGGACAGGGCUCGGCGGCGAGUCUGAAAGCUAUCACUACUGAGAUUAAUGGCGUUAAGCUUACGAUUGGUGGAGCUAUUUGCUGGGAGAACUUCAUGCCUCUUCUUCGACAGAGUCUGUAUUCGCAGAAUGUGAAUCUUUAUCUUGCGCCAACCGCUGAUGCGCGAGAUACCUGGCUUCCGCUUUUGCGAACUAUUGGUGGUGAAGGACGCACCUUUGUCCUCUCGUCGAACCAAUGUGUCCGCUACAAUGAGCUUCCAUCUUGGAUCACUGACCAUGCGCCUACACAAGAAGACGGGGAUCGCUAUAUCUGCCGAGGUGGGUCGUCUAUUGUCGGACCCCUGGGAGAGGUUCUGGCUGGUCCAAUCUGGGAAGUUUGUAUCGACGAUGCCAUUGAUGCCUCAGAUGCCAUCUCCAAAGAUCACGACGGAUUGGUCAUCUCGGAGAUUGACCUUGAAGAUUGUGAGCGGGGUAGACUUGAUCUGGAUGUCGCUGGGAGCUAUUCUCGGUCUGAUGCGUUCAAGCUCACAGUGGAGGGGCUUGAUUUGAACCCUCCCCCCUUUUAG